AUGAAAGCAUCGAGUAUUUUAGUCAUCUUUAUAGCUCUAGCAUUCGCUAAUGCUCAACAAUUAUCAGACAAGGCAAGACAGUUGGGACUCAAUCAGACCUGGUCGGCUCCAUUUCCGACCUCUCCUCUUUUGGACGAUAGUGCGGCUACGUACAUAAACACCAACUGGCACAACCCAAACAACUAUUUUUACGGAACUACUGACGUAUCAUAUGUACCUGACCCCAUUACCACCACAAACAACAGCGCCAACAACAAUAUUAGCUCUCAAGUACUUCAAAUUAAGUACAACAAAGGAUCUUAUUCGCCAACCGGUACAAAAUCUUCCAGUGCCUCAGUGGGUGGUGCAGAAUUCUAUUCAACCCCAUUUAGAAACAAUUCGUAUGACAGUGUGCUCCUACGCUAUGAUCUUGCCUUUGACAAAGAUUUUGACUGGGUACUUGGUGGUAAAUUACCAGGAUUAUUCGGCGGUCCCCCUGGUCAAGGCUGUUCUGGUGGAGACAAGGCUACGGGGUCCAAUUGUUUCUCUGUUAGACUGAUGUGGCGAGAAGCAGGCUCGGGGGAGGCCUAUGCUUAUAUUCCAAACUCCGACGCUACCUGCUCACUCCCUCUGGUGAUGUGCAAUGAUCAGUAUGGAACUACCUUUUCGCGAGGGUUGCUUCAACUGAAAAAAGGCCAGUGGACAAAACUCGAACUGUACAUUAAGAUCAACGAUCCUUCAAAAUCCAACGGUAUCCUCCAGGUGUGGCAAGACGACUCCCUUCUUAUCAGUCAAACGUCACUUCAGUAUCGAACUUCAAAUGCAGUUGCGAUCUCCAGUCUCAUGUUCAGUACCUUCUUUGGUGGUGGAACAGCCAAUUAUGCUACUCCUCAAGACACGUACAGUUACUAUAGAAAUGUCGAAUAUAGUGUUGGCCUACCUGUCACCCUAACACCCCAACAGUCCUCUGCUUCUAACCUUGCACGCCUCUCUUUUACUCUCCUACUUACUGGCUUCAUCACUCUUCUGUACUUAUUCAGUCUAUGA